CCGCCAAGAGCGGAGAAGCGAAAAUAAAAGAAAGAGAGAAAAAAGCUUUCGGUCAAAUCAUAGGCAGUGUGGCGCGAGAGCACGAGAGUACGAGAUUGGCUGAUACGGUUAUCUGAGAGGCCUGUCGGGAUCUGCCGGGAUUUCCCCUCUUUUACGGGCCCCAUCGAAUUGGUUCGGUAGCAGUUUGUCCGAGAGCAGCGCACGUCACGUUCAUUUUCAUCCCAUUUACCGUCAAAGAAAAUUUAUCGCUCUUACGCGACGAUAGGAGCUUUGUAACUUGUAACGCACGCGAGAAUUUGACAACGAUUUCCGACAAAGGGAAUAAAAAGACUGAUAUCGAUAGUUCAAUGAUGGUAUCGAGCACGAGCGUGGUUGAAAACGGAGAUAUCGCUCCGGCGAUCAAAGCCCCGGACGAUCAUUUGGGUGUUCCGUCCGGAAAUUAUCGUCUCGUAGGUUGGGAUAUGGACGCCACUGGAAGACGCUUCAUUGACGAAAUUUGUCAAAUAGCUAUUUACACCCCGGACUCGGAAUACUCGCAGUACGUGAUGCCUUUCUCCGAUCUCAGUCCUACCGCAAAGAAGAGACAUCAUCUAAAAGUCAUGAAUGCUGGAUGCUACAGAGUUUUGAAAAACAGCUUUACCAACAAGGUAUUAAAAACGAAGAGCGCGAUAUCGGCCCUGACGGACUUUUUAGGAUGGUUGGAGAGCGUCAAGGGUGACGCAACGGACGGGAUUAUUCUCGUGCAUCAUGAGCCACGCAGAGUCAAUCCAUCGAUGCUGAUCGAGGCACUGACCAAAUAUAAUUUGCUCGAUCGAUUCAAGACGAUCGUCAAAGGUUUCGCGAAUGGUUUCGACAUUGCCAAAGCCAAGUGUACCAACACGAUCAAGGUCUUUUCCCUCAGGACACUGUCACGAGUCUUUCUCGAAAAGGACGAAGAAUUGAGCAGCGCGACUCAUCGGGCUCGCUUGGCUCUCCAAAUUGUCGAACAUUUGAGCAGCGUCGAUGAGGAAAAUGGUAGAGUCGACGAGGAAAUCGGUAGCGGCGAUAGUGAACAAAAAAUAACGAAAGGGGUCGUUGAAUUUAUUCGAGAAUUCGUACAAACCGUGGAGGCUGCGGAGAAAGAAUGUGCAGAGCACAAACUCGUAUUGGAGAGACAAAACAGCUUGAGACCCAUUUUUGUGCCUCUGUUGAACAGCAUGGGCCGACGAGAAAGGCAGCAUGCAAGUCCGUUGCGUAGAUUACUCGCCGAAUCUGCUAUAGAUUAUGUCCAAUUGCAGGAAGCGUGGGCUAAUAACCGGAAGGAGGGGCUGGAAAACUUAAUCGAGAAGAAGGUUACGAGCGGGAAAAAAGACAUAGAUGAUCUGAUAGAGAUUCUCGAGUAUCAUUUUGAUCCUGAUAAAAAGCCAUCUCGACCGAACGAGGAGGAGAAAAAAAAUGUCGACAAGGUUACAUCGGAGAAAAAGAAGAAGAAGAAGAAGAGGAGCUCGAACAACAAUAAUCUGUCCGGAGCUGAGAGUCCGGACACAACCUCGUACUCGCCAGAAAAACUUAAAGUUGAGGCAGAACAAGUGGUUCCCUCCAGGGAAGCACAACUUUCAGAGUCGUCCGAAAGCCUAAUUUAAUUCAUUUAAUUCAUUUACGAAAACUAAGUUGAUCAAAUACGCGUCAUUCCUAUUGCGUUUCGUACAAACCAGGCAUCGAUUGAGUAGCUAAAAAAAAAUAUAUCUUUUCUCGUUGAAGAUAAAAUGGGGAACAAGAAGGAAAAGAGAGGGAAAGAAUCGUUAAAAUUCAAUCGAACAAUAACGAGGCAUGGUCCUGGCGACGAAGCCGUCCAACUAAUAUUGCAAAACAGAUGUGCAAAAGCAUCGUAUUAUUUUAUUCAAACUCACUAUUAUAUUAUUAUUUCUCUUGUUUCAAUCGUACAACCUUAACGUACGUUGUGAUUGAAUAUUAAUUAGUUUUCUACAUUCGUAAUCGUAUUAUAAUACGGAGCCGGAUCGAAUGGAUCUCGUUCGAGAACUGAUUUGCGGUAAUAAGACGCUUAUAAACGACCUGCGUAUACGCAGUUGGGCUGAACCAAAAAGUAAAUCGUAUACAGAAGUAUUUUCUCAUUGAUAAUUACCGAUGGAGAGAACGUAUCUCUCCGAUUGCAUCGUACUUAUUUUUUGAUCCGUACGUAACUGGACGAUCGUUGGAUCCUCGUCCCCUUAUUUUUGUUUCUGAUUAUUAUUUUUUUUUUCUUUUCUACAAAUACACAACAUAAUAUCAAACAGAUAAUGGAUCGGAGCGUCGUCGACGAGUCUGGAGAAUGACUAUUGAUGACGAGAAUGACACAAAUUUUUGGAUUUCUCGAUGUCGUUGUACAUUUAGCUCAUAAAGUAUUGUACCUCGUCACCGAAUUCCAGAUCAUGCAUCAGCGAUAUUAUGUUGAUAACAAGAAAAAAUAAUACACAACUCGCUUGUUCAACCAAGAUCUCAUUUUGUAUUAUCUCAAAGUAUAAUAAAGUUUAUUCGAUAA